AUUCAGAGGAUCACUCUCCCCAGUAUCAGUCGUCUGAGACAUUUCACCAAUGACACUCUGCUCGACCUGUUCUUCUACAACAGUCCUACCUACUGCCAGACCAUAGUGGACACUGUGGCCUCCGAGGUUAACAAGCUCCACUCACUGUUCAAACACAGACACCCAGAAUUCACUGGAGCAGUGUCUGUGGUUGGACACAGCCUGGGCUCGCUGAUCCUGUUUGAUCUGCUGACCAAUCAGAAGACAGGAUCAGGAGAGGCAGACAGAGAUGAGGGUCGUAACCGUGACCCCUGCCCUCUGACCUGUGAUGCGUUGGAGCAGGCUCUAUGCAGAAUGGGCCUCCAGGAGCACCUGGCUACACUACAGAGCGUGGACCUAGACCUUGACUCACUGGCUAUGUGUGACGAAACUGACCUGACAGAGCUCGGAAUCCCUCUGGGACCGAGGAAGAAGAUCCUCAGCUUCAUACGGAAGAGACACUUCCUACAGGAGGGUCGGCAGGGAACGGUGCUUUUGGCCCCCGGGCUGCAGGCCCUUCCAGACCCCUCCGAAGAUUCCCCCUCUCCCACGAUUAGCUUUGGCAACCAGUCUUCAGAAGCGUCAGCACGCCGACAGCAGUUUCUCAGAGCCCAGUCCAUAACCAGCGCCGUUGACUACGAAUACUUCGAUGUGGGCAUUGGACAGGUGUCCAUUAACUACCCCCAGCUGGCAUUCCAUCCUCAGACCUUCUUUGCGUUCGGUUCUCCCAUCGGAAUGUUCCUGACCGUCCGUGGACUCAAACGCAUCGACCCAAACUACACCUUUCCCACCUGCAAGAACUUCUAUAACAUAUACCACCCUUUUGACCCUGUGGCCUAUCGGAUCGAGCCCAUGAUUGUGUCUGAGUCAGACCUAGAGCCCAUGCUGAUCCCACAUCACAAGGGCCGCAAGAGGAUGCACCUGGAGUUGAAAGAGAGUCUGACGCGGAUGAGUACUGAUCUGAAGAAUAACGUUCUCGGCUCAUUUCGUACUGCCUGGCAGUCUCUGGUCCGAAUGCCUGUCGCUGCACUGCCCCCUGUGGAGGAUGGAGAAACUACAGCAGCGAGAUCCCUGCAGGAGACAGAGACCCCUGCAGCAGCCUGCGCUGCUGUGAGGGAAAAGAGUAAGGCUGAUUUGUGGACUAAAAUUCUGGAGUGGCCCAAAGCCCUUCACUUACAUUACUUCCAAGGUGUGCAUGAAGAGGUGGAGUCUCCAGGCUCGGCGGAGGACAAGGGGCGUCAGGUGAAGGUGGGGAUGCUGAAUGGAGGGAGGAGGAUAGACUAUGUACUGCAGGAGGCGCCCAUUGAGAGUUUCAACGAAUAUCUGUUUGCCAUCCAGUCCCACCUCUGCUACUGGGAGUCUGAGGACACUGCUCUGCUGCUGCUAAAGGAGAUCUACGACAAACUGGGUGUGGCCUUUGAGCAACCACAGCAAUAACAAAGACUUUAUAAACACAGAGACCGGUAUAGAGGCUUCAUAACAACACAUGAAUUCCGUGGAGAUGCACCAACGAGGCCCUUUGCUUUAUUAGGAGCUGAAAGGAGUAAGGCAAGUAAGUCAGUAAAAACACAGAGAUAUAAAUAUUGAAUAACCACAGAGUUUUAAAGGCUUUAUAAACACACAGAGAGGGCUAUAAAGUCUUUAUACAUACACAGAGCGUUAUUUAUAAGUUACUAAAAUGUAAUGAAAGCAACAUGAAAAAGGACAUGCAGUCACUGCUCUCUCCCAGAAUUCCUUGUGUCUGAGCCUCACAAAACCGUUGAGUCACCUCCUCGGACAGAUGGCAUCUGCCUCUGGGUGUGUGUGUGUCAAGGGUGUGACAGAGAAGUGCUCCGUGAAGAACCAAACCUGUCCCAGCUGACAUGAAGAGGAUGGAGAACCCACUGGAGAUGAGCUCUCUAGUGCAUUUCUAUCUCUGAAAUUUCUCGUCCUGUGACCACAUGGGCAGCAACAUUGAAUACUAUCCAAGUGAGCCCUCUACCCAACUCUAUGUGAGAACCAUAGUAAACACUGGUUUUCCAUUUUCCUAAAACCACACUGAAGGAUCUGGGCCGCUGGAUCCUCCUGUUGAGGGGGCAGACUGCAUUUAACAUGUGUGUUUCUAAAGAAUCAGAUCCUGUUUGAUCAUGUCUGGAUCAUAACUUUUAUAUACGUUAUUUUCAGGUCAUUUCUUUUUACUUGGCCUUAGACUUGACAUGUCCUAUAAUACAUUUACAACGACAGAUCAUGCAGGAUUAUGAUUCCUCUCCUGUGUGUUUAGUGCAUGUCUCCAGAAGGUUGUAUACCAGUAUGUAUCAGUACGUACUUGACUACCAAAAAGGUAGCACUUUACUUAGGUGUUGCUUAAGGCUUAGAAAAGCAUUUUAUAAAUGGCAUUACAACUCUUUACGUCAUGCAUAUGAAGGCUGCAUGUCACGCUUAAGUAAAGUGUUACCAUAAAAAGUACUCCACCCAUAAUUCCAGUGCAAUGUGAUGUUCUGAUAAUCUCACUCCUCUCAAGAUGAACUGACUGACUAUAGAUAAUUACAUUUUUGGAUUUAUUUGUAUCAUGUAAAAGCUAAGUAUUAAAAUUAUUGUAGAAAAUAACAUGAUAUAUCUUUAAUGGAACUGACAAGACAUUUUUCCUCCAAGUACCUAUCUUAGAGGAAGGUAUGUAUGAGGGGAGAAAAGGGACAGGGUUGUUUUCUUUCUAUGAGUGUGUGUAUAAAUCACCCCCCCCCCCCCCCCCCUUUGGUGUGUGCCAACCAACCUCUUUAAACUGUGGUUAGGGCCAAUUUUGCUCGUCGAACAUCUCAUUCCCAAAUCAUGUGCAUUAAUAUGGAGUUGAGUUGGUUCCCCCUUUGCUGUUAUAACAGCCUCCACUCUUCUGGGAAGGCUUUCCAUGAGAUGUUGGAACAUUUCUGUGGGGACUUGCUUCCAUUCAGCCAUGGGCAUUAGUGAGGUCGAGCACUGAUGUUGGGCGAUUAGGCCUGGCUAGCAGGCGGCGUUCCAAUUCAUCCCAAAUGUGUUCGAUGGGGUUGAGGUCAGGGCUCUGUGCAGGCCAGUCAAGUUCUUCCACACCGAUCUCAACAAACCAUUCUGCAUGGACCUUGCUUUGUGCACGUGGACAUUGUCAUGCUGAAACAGGAAAGGGCCUUCCCCAAACUGUUGCCACCAAGUUGGAAGCACAGAAUCGUCUAGAUCUUCAUUUUAUGCUGUAACGUUAAGAUUUCCUUUCACUGGUACUAGCCUGAACUAUGGAAAAACAGCCCCAGACCAUUUUUCCUCCUCCACCAAACGUUACAGUUGGCACUAUGCAUUGGGGCAGGUAGCAUUCUCCUGUCAUCCGCCAAACCUUGAUUCACCAGGUGGACUGCCAGAUGGCGGCGUGAUUCAUCACUCCAGAGAACGUUUCCACUGAGUCCAAUGGCGGUGAGCUUUACACCACUCCAGACGAUGCUUGGGAUACCCCUGUUUUCAAUACCUCACCUUGCGAGGAUAAUUGCACUGAUCCUUUUUCUAAAAGGCUUAUGAGAUUAACGAAAUGGUUAAUUGACCACAAAAUCAACAUUUUGCAAUGGCCAUCUUAGUCCACGGAUUUAAAUCUCAUUGAUAACCUGUGGUUUGAAUUGAAGGGAGCAGUCCAUAAGAGAAGAUUAAUGAUAUGCAGGAUCUGGAAAGAUUAUGUAUGGAGGAAUGGCCUAAGAUCCCUCCCCAUGUAGCCUCCAACAUUUUAGAAAAAGUCUCAAUGCCUUAAUACUCUUAGGGUAAGGUGUUGAAAACGGGUGUCAAUGCUUUUGACUCAUAUCUUUUUUAGAUAAAAACAUAUAUAUUAUUAUUACAUUUGUACAUGUGUGAAAUAUGACACAUAUAAACACCCACCUAAUUAUUAUUAUAAUAUAUAAUUUCCCUUUUUUUGAUUAUACAAUAUAGCUCAGUAUUUUAAUUGUAAUUGUAAUCUUUAUCAAGGGUGCCAAUCAUUUCUGUCCCUACUGUAUCACUGACACUGGUUUCACUGUCAGUCAACCAGCAACAAACCUGCAGUCCUUUAACAUGGCAUGAAUCAUCACUGUGGUCCAAUCAGACCAUGGACCUCCUCACUCCAGCUAGCUCUGUCAGCAGAGGGGAGAACAAUAGCUUUGGUCCAGGGUGUUAGGUGUGGCUUACUACGACAGUAAGCCACAUGUAAACCCCUGGACAGGACCUAGCUGAACAAUAGAUCUUAGUUUUCUAAUCAUUCUACAACCACAGAAGAGGCUUUGAGGUUCUGAUUAGGCAGCUUGACUCCCUGCUUAAAAUGUGCUGUGUGAGAUAUCCCUCUGACCCCUAAACCCUGCUUUGUGAGCACUCGUCCUCUCUGCUUCACUCUUGAAUGAUGUAUUUUGUGCUGUUAACCUCAAGUUUUGCACUUGGUGACAUUGUAUAUUCAAACCGCCCCAAAAAUAUAAUAUUAAUGACAUUUAAUGUAAGCUGACAAGUAUACUUUAAUAAUUGAUAUAAGCAUGUAUGAGCCCUUAUUAUGUCUUAUUAUAAUAGUUUUACUGACUCAAUGGUUGUACUUUAGUCAGGAUUAUUAUGAGAUAAGAUGUUUAUAAGGAGGUCAUAUAGCAUCGUAAUGCAUUAAACCUGUCGUGUUACCAAAUGUACUUUUUUAUUCAACCACAGUACCAUGCAUAGACUACACAGUGUGCUUACAUAUUGUUUAUGUCAUAAUAAAACUUUAAAAGAG